UACAGUUGACCGUGUACACCUUUGUAUCUUGUCAAAUUUAGAACCGUCAUGACUCAUGAAUGAAUAGGAGGCGAUUUGUGAGUUUGACAAGGUACAAACGUGUAUAGCCACUUGUGAAGCUGACUGUACCAAAUGUAAUAAGAUACGGCUGGUUUUGAUCUCUUAUCAUUCUCGAAAGUGAACCGCCCAUCUACCACCUAUCAAUCAACCAGUUAUCAUGCAGCUUUUAACACAUGGCCCCUCUAUAUUAGAUAAAUAUUGUUAAAAUAUGGGCGUUGUUGACGCCCCAUUUUGAAAAUGAAUGGUCUAGAAUAGUCAAAUAACAGUUGACAGUUGAAUCGUUGAGGCCGGCCGCGUCACACAUGGACAAUGUCCAAAAUACUUUUAUUAUUUUUAAGUCUUACUUUUUUGUCCCUCGAUUGUGAAGUUUACAAAGAUCGUCCCAAAAUUAAAACUGACAAUGGUGAUUUAAUUCUCGAACCAGCCUUCGACAAGAACAUUUACUUACGUCCCAAUGGACCCCAGUCAGCAGUCUUCGUCGGUGACAUCAACAUUCUCAAUGUGAACACAUCGCAAAUCAUAUCAGAUGGAACAUCAACAGACAAGCAAACUCCAAUCACACUGGGAAGAAUUCUGGAAAGGUUAGACAAAUUAGAAAAACAAGUGAAUGAUAUGAACCCAUCAUUGAACUUAUCUCUUAUUUGGCAAAAACUUAGUCGUCAAGCUACUGUGAUACAUCGCCUGCGAAACGCCAUAAGAGAUGGUGUAACUGGAGACAAAUGUGAACCAAGACCUUGCCAAAAUGGAGGCACUUGUCUGAGCCUAGUAAACGACUACCAUUGCCUUUGUCCGUCAAAUUGGGAAGGAAAAGAUUGUAAUCUAGAUGUAAACGAAUGCCGAAACUUUGCCGGAACAGAUUUGGGUUGUCAAAACGGAGCAACUUGCAUCAAUAGGCCUGGCUCGUAUGAAUGUUUAUGCAGGUCUGGUUGGUUCGGAUUACAUUGUACAAGAAAAGCCAAAGAUUGCUUGGGGAGUGGUGGUGGAGGAGAUGACUUUGAAAUGUGCGGCCAUGGCACUUGCAUUCCCGUCCAAACUGGUGUAGGAAUUAAAUGCAUUUGCGAUCAAGGAUGGACAACUAAUGGAACCGACGUCAGCUGCUCAACAGACAUAAAUGAGUGCGAAUCAAAGCAAGGACCUCAUUGCUCUGUUAACCCUAAAGUUAAUUGCAUUAACCUCCCUGGCUCUUUCCGUUGUGAAGCCUGUCCAGCGGGCUACGAAGGAGAUGGUUACGUAUGCUCUGAUAUUGAUGAGUGUACGACAACACCCAAUGGAGGCUGCAGUACUAGUCCCAUGGUUACGUGUCAUAAUACAAUUGGCUCCCGAACUUGCGGACACUGCCCACCAGGAUACGUAGGUGAUGGAGUCACUUGUGCUUGGAGAGGAACUUGCAAGAUAAACCAUGGAGGCUGUCAUCCAUCAGCACAAUGUUUUGAGAGCCCCGCGCAAACUGGAGGUCAAAUUGCGCAGUGCGUCUGUCCUGUGGGAAUGGAAGGCGAUGGCGUUGGAGUCGAUGGUUGUUACAUAUCGCCGUCAAACAAUAUUACCCAAAACUGCGAGAACAAUCCCUGUGGACCUCACGGUCGGUGCCAUCAACUUACUCAAGGAUACACGUGUUUGUGUAUGAGAGGUUAUGGAGGGGCGCAUUGUAACUCUAUGAUCGAAUUCUGUUCAAGCAAUCCCUGUCAAAAUGGUGGUGUCUGCAGGCCGGAUGAAACGAAAAUAAGAGGAUUCAGAUGUGAGUGCACAGCAAGAUUUUCAGGUGAUGUUUGUCAUAUUCCUACUAAAACGUGUGGUGGAUUCUUGGAUGGACAAGAAGGAAGCAUUACAUAUCCGUUAACAAAUAGUUCCUAUAGUCAUAACUCUAGAUGUGCAUGGGUAAUUCAUACAUCAUCUUUAAAAGUUAUCAAUGUUACUUUUAGCAAAUUUGACAUCGAAGAUAAUCCGGACUGUUCUUAUGACUUUUUACAAAUUCACGACGGUCGUAGUUCAGCAAGCCAGCUACUAGGUAGGUUUUGUGGUAAAACUUUUCCGAAAGGUGGUAAUAUAGUAUCCAGCCAUAACUAUUUGUAUUUUUGGUUCCGAUCGGACGAGUCAGGGGCCAGAACUGGCUUUUCGCUCCAUUGGACGAGCAUCGACCCCGUUUGUGGUGGUGAAUUAGAUGCAAAAACUCACGGUCACAUCAGCUCACCCGGUUCCCCAGGAAAAUAUCCCCCUAAUCGUGAUUGUUACUGGCAUAUAACUACAUCAUUAGGCAAAAGAAUACAACUCCACUUUUUUGAGUUUGAUAUAGAAGCUCACAAGAAUUGUAGCUUUGAUUAUGUAGCUAUUUAUGACGGAGAACAUAUAACAGACCCGCUUAUCAACAAAUAUUGCAAUUCAAGUCAGCCAGCCCCUAUUCAAUCAGCUGGCUCGGAAAUACUAGUACACUUUCAUUCUGAUGGAAUUGGGUCAGGCAACGGGUUUCAAAUUUCCUAUGCAACAGUUGAAGGUGUGCCUGGAUGUGGUGGCUUAUAUACUGGUGAAAAGGGAGAAAUAUCCUCACCCACUUAUGAAGGGAAAUACAUAGAUAAUUUACUAUGUGAUUACGAAAUUAAGGCGCCCCCAGGAUCCAAAAUUCUUAUUAAGUUUAAAUCUUUCAAGCUCGAAACCUCGUUUCAAUGUAAAUAUGACUACUUGAAAAUGUAUGAUGGUCCUAACACAGAUUCUCAACUUGUGGGUCGUUUUUGCGGUUUAAAACAUCCACAAAGUUACACGUCAACAUCCAAUUCGAUUUUCAUUCAAUUCAAAAGUGAUCACAGUCUAAAUUCCGAUGGCUUUCACAUCACUUACGAAAUAAUUUGUCAGCAUUACAUUACAGGGGAUAGUGGAGUAAUUAAAUCACCUGGGUACCCUUUUAAUUACACAGAAAAUAAAGUGUGUGAAUAUAUUGUGAGUACCGCACCUGGGAAAGCAAUUCAAUUAACAUUCAGAGAUUUUGAUAUUGAGGACAAUAAGUACUUUAACUGUCAGUAUGAUUACGUAGAAUUACGAGAUGGACCUGAUAAGAAUUCAACCCUUAUGGGCAGGUUCUGUGGUUCGGAGCCACCCCAGGUGCAGACUUCAUCAUUGAAUUACAUGUACAUCCGUUUUAAUUCGGAUAUGAGUGUUUCUGGAACUGGAUUUUAUGCGAACUUUACAACUAUAGAUAUUAAAUGUGGGGGUAUACACAAGGACGCCACUGGGCUAAUAAGCCAUCCUAUUGGAUCUGCUAACACUUAUGAAAAAGAUCAAACUUGCACUUGGUAUUUGAUUGCUCCACCCGGACAGCGUAUUAAACUUACAUGGAACAGAUUUGAAAUAGAAGGUACACCAUCUUGUCAUAGUGAUUACUUGGAACUUACUGAAAUCGACUUAGAUAAUACCGAACACUCGAUGCCUAAAUUCUGUGGAAGUAGUGCACCACCAACUAUGACCACAGCAUCAAAUAGAUUAAAAAUAAAUUUCCGUUCUGAUAGUAGCGUCGAAUCUGCUGGUUUCUCAAUGUCGUAUACUUUUCUUGAUGAGAAGUCACAUUGCGGAGGGAUAUAUUUCAGAUCCCAUGGAUACAUAUACUCUCCUGGUUGGCCUCAAAGAUAUGAACCGAACCGUAAUUGUGUUUGGACAAUAACAGCACCGUUCGGUCAACAAAUAAGACUUAAUUUCUCUCGAUUCAAUUUAGAAAGACCAAUAAGAAAUAGUUGUGACCUCGGAGAUUAUCUAGAAAUUAGAAAUGGUGUUGCCGAUAAUUCUCCUUUAGUUGGUUCAUAUUGUGGCGAUAACGCACCUAAAAUGAUAACUUCUACCGGAAACUCUAUUUACUUGAAGUUUCAUUCAGAUUACUACUUUUCGGGAGCUGGAUUUCAAAUUGAAUGGGAUGGGACUUUGUUUGGGUGCGGCGGUACACUUACUGGAUCUAAAGGCUCUAUAACAUCACCUAAUUACCCCUUACCGUAUAAUGAGAAUGCAGAAUGUUUUUACAGAAUAGUAACCAGUCACGGAUCGAGAAUCAAACUUAUUUUUAAUGACUUAGAUCUCGAGAAAACACAUGGAUGUACCGACGAUUACGUAGAAAUAUUUGAUGGUCGUGACAGUAAUGCUCUCAGCCUGGGCAGAUAUUGCUCUAUGACAUUAAAUUCAAGUAAUAUUGAAACAUCUUCUAACUAUGCAUAUAUAAAAUUCCGUUCUGAUUUUAUUAUAAGCUCGAAAGGAUUUUCUCUGAAUUAUCACACUAUAUGCCAUAAUAAUGUUACUGGUAGCUAUGGAAUAAUUGAAAGCCCCGAUUUUCCUAAUCAUUAUCCUAUCAAUUUACAUUGCAUGUGGACUAUUACUGUUCCGUUAGGUAAUACUAUAAAUGUAACUUUUAGCGAUUUUGAUAUUUCAAGUAACUUAUUCCAUGAUUGGAGGUAUACCAAUUUUUCUAGAGCGGAACCUUUUAUAUUUUCGAGACUAUGUAGACAUGAUUAUCUUGACGUUAAGGAUCCAUCUGAUGUACAUAGCAUGAAAAGACUGUGUGGAUCUUCCAUACCAGCUAAAAUAAGCACAAAAAGUAACUCUUUGAGCAUUGAGUUUACUUCAUCGUCGUUUAUAACUAGAAAAGGAUUUCGUUUAGAGUGGGUAAAGAAUGGCUGCGGUGGACACAUACAAAAAAACUAUGGGGUUAUAAACUUUGAAACCCCACAGAUAACUACUGGACCCAUGGUUUGUGAAUGGAUUAUUGAAACUGCAACUGGAACCGGCGUAACAAUAUCGUUUUCUAAUGUCUACAUGUCUGAUAAAGUGAACUGUUCUGAAGAUUCCAUAGAAGUAUAUAACGGACCAACCGCAGAGUCUCCUUUGAUAAUGAAAAACUGUCACCAAUCGUUUGCUAUGGCUGAAGCUAGUACUACCAAUAUGAUUUUAUUGAGAUUUACAAAAUAUUCCAAUCUUCGAGACGUUAAAUUCCAAAGUCAUUUUUCGUCCAAGCCGUGGACUGGCUGUGGUGGGACAAUAAUUUCACAUUUUGGAACUAUAAGUUCUAUAAAUUUUCCGAAUAACUAUGACAAUAAUGUGGAUUGCAUGUGGACGUUAGAAGUACCAAUGAAUCAUCGAGUUGAAUUCAGUAUAAUAGAUUUAGAUUUAUACUUUGACGAAGAUAGUAAUGUUGGAGAUAAUAGCUGUGGUGAUUCGAUCAAAUUAUAUGAUGGUAUAUCGUUUACCUCCAACUACACUCAGAUCAUCUGUGGAAAUUCGGAUUUCCGAAAUUUUACAUCAAAAUCAAAUAUUCUUCGUGUUCAAUUCACUUCCGAUGGCUCUGGUACAGCAAAGGGUUUUAAAGCUAAUUUUGCCGUUGCAUGUGGCGCCUUAAUCUCGGCUAAAUACUCAGGUACAAUACGAAAUGAUGUUGUCUCUCAUUCGGAACAAAAUUGCACAUGGACAAUAACUGCAGAAAGGCCGGAAGAAAAAGUCAGUUUAACUUUAACACAUCUCUCAAUUCCCGUCAGUAAUGAAAUUCAAUCCAAUAGACACUGUCCUUCAACUUUUCUCAGGAUAUUGGACGGGGAUGAUAUCAAUGCCCCGAAAAUAGAUGAGUAUUGUGGUAAUAAAGUACCUCCAAUGAUAGUUAGCCAUGGUAGUGCUAUAACCGUUCAAUUAGGGUCAUAUGUAGGAUCGGUAAGCGGUAAAUUCUCUGCACACUACACGACAGUAGAAACUGCUUGUGGUGGAGAACUAACUUCUGAACAAGGUAGCAUCGCGACACCUAACUACCCGGGAUCUUAUCCAGCUAACACAAACUGUGAAUGGACUCUGAAAACAUCCCCAGGUAAUCGGGUUUAUAUCACAUUUGAAAGAUUCAACAUAGAAUACUCAGAAGGAUGUAAUAAAGAUUAUCUUGAAGUUCGUGAAAAUAAUGGAGGAGGACGAUUAUUAGGGCUAUAUUGCGGUGAUGACAGCCCUACAAAUGUUACUGUAGCUUCAGUAAUGUAUCUAAAAUUUCAUAGUGACGGAGAAGAUAGCACAAGGGGAUUUAUAUUGCACUACGAAUUCCUUCACGGCAAUGAUAUAACAGGGAAGGAUUAUGGCGAAAUAGCCUCGCCAUUAUUUCCUAACUCUUAUGAAGGAGCUUGUGAAUAUUCCUGGCGUAUUACCACUAGUGGAUCAGAGCCUAUAAUAUUAACCAUUCAACGGGCAGAAAUACCAGUGCGUAGUUUAGACUGUUAUAAUUAUUUAUCUAUUUACGAUGGAUUCAAUGACGAAGCCCCCUUGCUUAAGCGCAUAUGUGGAAUUCAGAAAUCAAUAACAGUCAAAACAUCUUCUAAUAUUGCAUUUAUAAAACUGAGCCUUGAUGAAACUAAUACCGGGUCAUUAUUCGUUAUGAGGUGGAAGAAGGGUGAUGAUGCAUCUGCAGAUACAGGAAAUGAAAGUGAGAAAUUAAAUUGUGGCCUUAAUAGUACCAAAAUUAUACUUCCUGGUUCUGAUUAUGAAGUAAACUCACCAAAUUUCCCCAAAGAUUACGAUGAUAACCUUAACUGUGAGUGGAUAUUCAAAGCAACAUCGGGACGACAUUUAAGUAUCAAAUUCAAUCAGUUGUCCAUUGAAGAACAAUCAAAUUGUUUUGCUGAUUAUAUAUCUGUAUUUUCUUCGACUGACGGUACGGAAAUUUGGAAACCUGUUGCUGAAAAAAUAUGCACCGGUUUACCCGAGUAUAAUUUAAAUUUUGAUUCAUAUAUGAAAGUUGUCUUUGUUACUGAUAUUUCACAAACAUCACGUGGUUUUAGUGCAAAGGUGACCUCCAAGUGUGGUGGCACAGUUUCAAGUUUGUCUGGCGUAAUCAGUCCUAGUUGGCAAGAUUGGAACGGAGAAUUUAACUAUUUGAAAACUUGUAAUUGGCGAAUAAAAGUUAGGCCGGGCAGAACUAUCAGUCUACGAUUUUUAGAUUUUAAUAUCACAAAUAUAAAUAACAAUUGUGAAAAUUAUGUCCUUAUCCGAAAUGGCGACUCGGAAGAAGCACCCAUUUUAGGAAGUGGAAAGUAUUGUGGAUUUACUCGCUUAAAUCCUUCAGAUAUAAUUUCAAGUUCGAGUAAUGCCGUUUUUAUAACUUACAAAUUUAAAGGACCCAAAUUCCAAAACUUCAGGGUUCGCUACGAAGAAGAAAAUGUUGAAUGUGGAUCAACAUCAAUAUUGGAUUUUAACCAAAAGUGGCAAGUAAUUAAUUCACCGAAUUACCCUUCUGUCCCUACUCCGUAUUCUGAAUGCGUUUGGGUAUUUAAAUGUCCUCCAGGUGAAAUUAUGUCUAUAAAUUUUAUAGAUAGAUUUGAUUUGGAAAGAAACAAAGAUUGCACUGAAGAAUAUGUUGAAAUACGUGACGGACCGUCGGCUAUGUCGCCCCGCAAAGGUAGAUAUUGUGACGAAAGACCUGGAACUAUAAAAACGACGAAUAAUGCGGUAUAUAUUAAAUACACGACGCAGAUUCCAAAUCCAAGAGAUGGUUUUAAAGCUAAUGUUAGCAUUGAUGUAUGUGGUGGAACCAUUAUUGCUAACAAUGGUGAAGUUUCAUCCCCUGGAUACCCUCAUAUGACAGCGUUACCUAUAGGAUCAGUCUGUGAAUGGAAAAUUAUCGGUUAUAACGGACGCGUUUUUAAAAUACGACCUCAAGACAUACAUCUUCCUGAUUCAGAGGCAUCCUGUGCAACUAAAGUUACUAUAGAAGAAACGCUUAAAGUUAAUAACACACGCAACAUUUUGAGAACUAUAUGUAAUGACGACGAUGAUACAAGUAGGAUGUCCAUUGUGGAGUCAACAUUAAAUGAAGUAGUAAUAAAGUUGUAUAUUGGUAAACCUAGUGAAAUUAACUCGUUUUCAGAAUCCCGUGGGUUCCGUUUUACAUUCAACUCAAGUAGACCAACAUGUGGUGGCUCUCUGUCCGUAUCAGAAGGUUAUUUAAUGACACCAGCAUACCCUCUUUACACUACACUACGAUAUUGUCAGUGGCUAAUAACAGCUCCAAACAAAUCAAGAAGAAUUCGAUUGGAAAUACAAGACGCCGAUUUCAAUUUGGUCAAAAUAGGAGUUUUCAAUGAUUUGAGAUUACAGUCAAGUAUAAAGAACACAACAGAAGUUAAUGUUUUUGAGUCGUCUGGUAAUGAGUUAGCUAUUUAUUUAUGGCUAUUUCAAUCAGUAACUGAACAUAGAUUUAAAGCCAAGUUUACUUCUGAUGAAGAGUCUCUGUGUGGUGGAUCACUUUCAGGUACAACCGGCGAGUUAUUUUCACCAGCGUUAGAGAGAACGUACACAUGUGACUGGCAUUAUGUUAAUCAGAGAUCUAUUCAUAAUGUACAAAAUAGUACAAUUAAUGUAGAGGUAACCGUAAAUUCUUCAUCAUCGAAGACGCGUUGCCGAUACUCUGACCCAAAAUUAAUUAUAAAAGCUACUAUAGGGCCAGGUUUAAUGUUUUACAGAUCAUUAUGUGGUAAUAUGAUUCAAUCGUAUAGAAUCCCUACUUCAAAUAUGGAUCUAAGAGCUCUCCAAAACGAAAGAAGUUCACUUAACUUCCAUGUUUCCUGGAAAACUCAGCCAUGUGGUGGUACGGUACAUGUUAGUCAAAGUGAUAAAAAUAUUUUAAAUCUUCCUAAUAAUUAUAAUGGAACGCUAGAUUGUGCAUGGUUAAUUUUAGUACCAUUCAACUCAAGAGUUGAAAUGAAACUUCAGGGUUCAUUCAAGUUAGACUGCACUAAAGAAUUUCUACAAAUAAGUCAGGGAUUAUCAGAUAACCCUCUUAUAUUAAAAGAAUAUUGUAAAGAUUCAACGCAGGAAACAGCUUUUAGUGUCAAAUUUAGUUUCUUAUAUAUUCAGUAUCACUCAGAGUCCACCAAUAAUGAUUUGAAAUUAUUGGUUAGUACAAAAAGUAAUCAGUGCGGAGGACUGCUGACGAAAUAUGAAAACACAUUCCAGUCCCCCAAUUUUCCAAAGAAUUAUAUAGAAAAUCAGGAAUGUGUAUGGGAAAUUAAGGCUGAACAAGGAAGCCGUGUUUCACUACAAUUUGUCCAACGUUUUGUAAUUGAGCAAAGACCUAAUUGUACUAAAGAUGCAGUCAUUAUAUACGACUGGCAAGAAGGUCGAUACAUUGAAGUAGCUAAAUUAUGCGGGAGAGAAUUACCUCAUGCUUAUAACUCAAGUGGGAACCGAAUGAAAAUUAUACUGAGGACUGAUUCUGAUAUUAACUUGGAUGGCUUUAAAGCAGUGUGGACACCUAUAUGUGGUAGUAACUUUAAUGCUUCAGCAGAGGAAAAGUUUCUUUACAGCCCAGGAUAUCCAUUUGAAUAUUUAUCUAGUUUAGAUUGCAACUAUAAAAUUUCAGCACCAGGCCAAAAAAUAAUUCUAAAAUAUUUAGAUUUAGAAGUAGAAGGUCCGUAUCCUCAAUGUGAAUAUGAUAACUUGACAAUAACAGGUAGUACAGGCAAUGAAGCUAUCAGGUUUAUAUAUACCUUUUGUGGCUCGAAUUUCUAUAAAAACAGUGACGUAUUUACUGAUGAAGUAAUCUUAGAGUUUAAAUCUGAUCGAUACGUUCAAAAGAAAGGAUUUAAAUUAUCGUAUCAAAUAUUUUCAUGUGGAGGUCACAUUACUACUCCCACUAUACUUAAAUCGCAUGACGAUGGUGAACAAUAUGAAUCAAACCUUAACUGCACAUGGUUAAUUACAGCACCAAAGGAUAAAGACGUUGUACUUAAAUUUUUGUACAUAGAUUUGGAAGACAGUAGUGAUUGUAGCACAGAUUUUGUUGCUGUCUAUAAUGGUCGGAGCAUUGAUGAAACUAAACGUACUGCACUCAUGUGUGGUCAUGUUAAUUCUUCGACCGUUAUUAAAGGAAAUGGUAAUGCAAUGGUGCUUAACUUCUUAAGUGACUUUGGUUUAAGCUACACCGGUUUUAAAGUAGAAAUUUUAUUUAGUUUAAGUAAAGAAGCGGGAUGUGGAGGUCUAGUUAAUGUCAUGGCAGAAGGCACUCAAAUUAUAAAAUCACCAUUGAUUGGCAGUAACCUUUUAUACGAAAAUUUCCUGAACUGUCACUGGGAUAUACAAGCUCCACCUAAUCGUGUUAUCAUGGUUGAAUUUACAAAAUUCCAUAUAGCACCAUGCAAAAAUGUAAAUCAAACUGCUCUAGGGUACAGUAAAUGCAAUUGUGACAUGGUUGAAAUACGAGACGGCUUAAACCCAAACAGUCUUGUCAUUGGUGUUUACUGUGGCCAUACACUGCCGCCAAAGCUGACAUCAUCUGGAAACUUUAUGAGCUUAAGAUUGUAUACAGAUGGGGAUGUUUCUAGUUCAGGAUUUGAAGCCCGAGUGAGUGUCCGUGAACCAACAUGUGGGCAAUCAUCUUAUCGACUGCAGAGUGCCGUCCAGACUAUUAAAACUCCAGGAUUUGAUAAAGGACUAAUUCCACGAGGAGAGCACUGUGUGUAUUUAGUUUAUUCAGUUCAAGCACUAUAUUUAACCAGUCAUAUCAGAAUCAAAUCUUUGGAUUUGCAAGAAGGGUUACAGGAUAAAAAUGUUUGUGAUAAGGACAAACUAGUUAUAACCACUAUGCCCAGCAGCUUCAAUGACACACUGGGUAAAACUUUCAUGCUACGAAGAGGAGGUGAUGAAUUUUUUAGUAACUACUACUCGAUGUACCAAGCAGAUCUGAAUCUGCCGGAAUCUUUCGUUUUUUGUGGGAAAAAAUCUUCAGUAGAUCUUUAUGUUACAGGGGAUGUUAAGAUUAGUGUGCAAACAUCGCCGGAAUCAGAUAACAUUAAUCAUAAAGGCGUGGAACUGGAAAUCAAUUACGGAAGUUAUUGUCCAAGAAACUUUAGUGAUACUCAAGGAAGAAUUUCUGUAAUACCGACUAUAGUGUCUGACAAGCAAUCGCGGGAAUGCUUCACCCUAAUAACAGCUCCUGAAAAUCACACCAUUUCAGUGUAUCUUCUUACAGUGAGCACAAGUUAUUGGAAUGACCAAGUGUAUUUUGAAAUACUGGAUGGAGAUAAAGCCAAUGACAAAAGACUCUUAAAAAUACAAUCAGAUUAUGAGGAUAACACGUCAGUAUUUUCAACUGGCAGGCAUUUGCUGCUUCAUAACCAUGGAGUCGAGGGAGACUUAUUAACUUAUGACUUGAUCUAUAUGACCACGGACAAAGGUCCAGGAUGUGGGGGCAAGCUACACAGUAUCCUAGGACAAGUCACCAGUCCCAUGUAUCCAGAUGUUUACCGUAGAAUAGCUACUUGCGAAUGGGAACUAGAGACUCCAGUAGGUUCAACAUUACAUCUACACUUUGCAGUGUUUGAUUUAGGUAAGCUCUGUGAACAAAAUUAUGUUCAGCUCGUUAAUAGAAAAGGGCAAGUAAUUUCCACGUACUGUUUAGAAACGCCUGCUGAUUAUUUUAGUGAAGACAAUUAUGUUAAGAUAGUGUUUAAGACGACCAUGAAUAAUGCAGGAACAGGCUGGGUGGCCAUGUUUGUAGGGACUAAGUGAGUUGGUUUGCUGAACUACAUACUUCGUGUUCUUGUCUUUAUUAUAAAAACAAAAUAAAAAGUAUACUUAAAUUGAUGGAAAAAAGAGUUAUUGUGGAUAUCAUGGUUCAAAAAAGGAAUAUUUAAGUAGGUAUCAAUCAGUGCUUCUCAUUAAUCCGUUGAAACUUGAAAACCGAAAUCAGAAAAAUCCUAAAGAAUUUACUUUUCAAUUGUCUUAAAUCAGAGUAUUAUUUGUUGUACUAUAAAUUAUGUAUCAUUCAUAUGUUAUAAAUCUAGUAUAAUUAUAUUUAACAAAAUAAUUGUUAACUCUUUUUUGUGAUUAUUACCGGCCAUAAUGAUAAUUCAAUAAAAAUAUUAUACUUAAUAUAA